AUGAGCAAGCGCCCUCGCGACGAGUCUCCAGCUCGCGGUGGCUCUCCGCCAUCGGAGCAUCUCACCCAUAACGGCCUGCUGCCCAUCAACGACCUGCUCUCCCCGACCCCAGAACAACAGUCCUCUACGGGCUCUAAAAAGCCUCGGAACUUUAUCGCUACAGUGGCCUGUGAAACAUGCAGACUCAAAAAGACAAGAUGCGACGAGUCACGGCCCAAGUGUGGCUUGUGCAAGUCGCUAGGUCUGGAAUGUGUCUACAAUGAGCGCAAGACUUCCAAGCGCGACCAUUCUCUCACUUUGAUCAUGAGCACCCUCCACCGUUUGGAAACUAAACUGGAGAAUGUUCCCAUCAACGUGCGCAAUGAGAUCCAGUCUCUACAGGCACAAAUGCCUCGGCCUCUAGAUGGGCCGUCUGAUAUGAACACCCCUGGUCGUGCUUCUGCAGUCUUUAGACAUGACAGACACGCUUCCAUAGGGACGCCGCGAACUCUUAUUCCAUCGGGAGAGUCCGAAGUAUUCGAAUUUGACGAGCGUCCGAAUGCGGUCAAUGCGAAUGGACUCGUUUCGAUCUCUUUUAGCCAGCAUGGUGUGGUCUUAUGGCCAGGAGCUCGAGAGAUCCUUCCAGAGCGUCUGCUGGAGGCCCAUGAAAAGCUGGGAAAGAACUAUGUCAUCGAUUCUGAGAUGAACAGGCCCCCUCUGCCGAUGUACAUUUAUCCGUUUCCUCCGCAAGCGGGAGACGAGUGGUUAGAAACCCUACCGCUGGCCAUGAUCAAGGGACUGUCGACCGCGUUCUUUGCAACCAUCAGCCCGUUUACGCCGAUUAUGGACAAGAACUUCUACUUUGCCUUUACCCUGGGUGCGGCGAUUGAAAGCGGAUUCGGGUACACUAUGGAGAGCUGCCUGGUUCUCGUGAUCAUGGCCCUGGGCUGUCUGGCAGUUCAUGCUCAUCACGAGGGCGAUUAUCCUCUGCCCGGCACGAGAGGAAGCCACUUUGAGCCACCGGACUGGCUGGGAGUAGUGCAGGAGGAACCGCCCGGACUACGUUUCUUCAACGAGGCACGGCGGCGCAUAGGGUUCCUGAUGUGCGACAAUGACAUUCAAAGUUGUCAAUUUUAUUUACUAUCCUCGGUCUAUUAUCAGCAGAUUAUGCGCCCGAUGGACUCAUGGGCUAUGAUCCACCGCGCUGCUACCGGCUGUCUCUCAAUAUUGACCAACCACGACGUGAAUUUCGACGAGUGGGAAGGCGACAUGAAAUCUCGCGUAUUCUGGAACUGCCUCAUGAACGAAACCAUCCUCGUGCAAGAGCUCCAUCUCCCUCCCAGUGGCCUAUCCCGAUUUGAAGAAGUCGUCCCUAUCCCGAAAUUCAUCGGCUUCGAAACUCUCGGCUUCGUGCCCGCGCGAUCUUUCGCGUCCGACGACAUCGACGACUCAUUCUUCCAAUACCACUUCCUCGCGCAGGUCGCCCACCGCAUCAUCCUCACUCGCAUACGGCACUCUCUCUACUUCUACUCCGAUUCCGGCACAUUCCCCAAACCCGCCGUCAACGCCGAACUCCUGCACCAACUCGAGCAAUGGCGCAUCAACCUCCCCUCUGCUCUUCAGUUCUCAGAUACCCCUCCAACAGCAGCAACACCAGCAGCCACAGCAAUAAGCACAGCCUCCCCGCAAACCGCCGCCGCCUCGCCUAACCCGAUAUCCCCGCACCCUCUUUCAACAUCUACCAGUGCCCGUCCUCUAACUCCCGCCGUCGCAGUCUCCGAAGCUAUGCUUCGAGGCCGGUACAUGAUCGCCAAGUUCCACAUCGGCCGUCCAUACCUCUACAAAGCCCUCCGGAUCCCUUCUCUCCUCACAGAAGACGACCUCGAACAGAUCCGACGAGGCCUGCAGAACGCCAUGAACUGGCCGGUUGUGCACGGCAUCUUCCGCGACAUGAAGAGCUGUAUCCCAAUCAAGUUUGCCUUCUGCUCGCAGUUUUUCGGCCAGGUCCUUCUCUUCUACUGUAUUGCGAACUCUCCCGAUCCUCGGGUAAGAAGUACAUUGCCUACAGGCUGGGAACGCUGGAACCAGGAGAUGUUGGGGUUUAUGGAGCACUGUGCGGUUUACAGCCCGGCUGUGGCGAAGGAUCUGGAGUUGUUGCAGUUGCUGUGA